AUGGCCGACUCAAACAACAUCACUUCAAACCAGACCUGUGUUAUGAUCGAUACGUCAGUCAGCACUUUCUUUAUACUGGUCUACAGCAUGGUCUUUCUGGUGGGUUUACUUCUCAAUUGCUUCAUCAUGAAGUUAUACUUUCAACAGCAGGCAUCUAGUAGCUUAAUGGUCUACCUGAAGAACCUGACAGCUGCUGACUUCCUGCUCUGCCUCUUUCUACCGCUCCGUAUCGUCCACUAUGCCAGGAAUUCUGUUCCCAUUCAGAGACUCUACUGCACCUUUGGAGCUUCUGCCAUCUUCCUCAACAUGUACGCCAGCAUCAUAUUCAUGGGGUACAUCGCUGUUAACAGGUAUCUGAAGAUUGUCCAUCCUUAUAGGACUCACUUCCUCCAAACAAUACAAGCAGCCCGCAAGAUUUCCCUAAUCACCUGGUUGAUUCUGCUGGCUCCCACAGUUAUCUACAACAUCCUGCUUUUGAUCACUCAGCCACAUGUAUCUGCAGGUCCUGGUUGCUGCAGUGCCUUCUUUAGUGAAUUCGGCAGUGUGCUCCACAAAACACUCCAUGCUGGCUGCAUUAGCAUCUUCCUGUUGGUCUUCAUAUCCCUGGUCUUCUUCUACUACAGCAUCUCCCGCAGGGUGUUGCUGGUACAGCAGAGGCAGCUGGCCUCCUCUGGCUGCGAGAAGCUCCUGAAGUCUCGCAGGAACAUAAACAUCACUGACCAAAAUACCAUGACUUCACCUUCCAAUGAGACCUGUGAGGUUAAGGAUAUUUCAGCCAAACCUUUCUUUAUACUGGUCCACAGUUUGGUCUUCCUGGUAGGUUUACCUCUCAAUGGCUUCAUCAUGAAGUUCUACUGUUGUCGAGGUCGAAAGCAGGCGUCCAGCAGCUUGAAAGUCUUCCUGAAGAACCUGACAGCUGCUGACUUCCUAUUCUGCCUCUGUCUGCCACUCCGCAUCACUUACUAUGCCAGAAGCUCUGGAAUAAUCCCGAGUCUCUACUGCAGCUUUGGAGCUUCUGCCUUUUUCCUCAACAUGUAUGCCAGCAUCAUAUUUAUGGGGUACAUCGCUGCCAACAGGUAUCUGAAGAUCGUCCAUCCUUCAGGAACUCGCGUCCUGCAGACAGUACGAACUGCCCACAUCAUCUCUGCGGUCACCUGGGUUUUUCUUCUGGCUACAGCAAUUUCUUACAGCAAUCUGUAUUUGAUGACUCAGGAAUCUCUGACAUCUAACUCCAGCCGCUGUGAUCCCCUCUUUAGUGAAUCAGUCACGUUGUUCUUUAAAAUCAUCCAGGUUCUGUCUGCCAUCAUCUUCCUCUUAGUCUUCAUAUCCCUGGUCUUCUUCUACUACAGCACCUCCCGCAGGGUGUUGCAGGCACAGCAGAGGCAGCUGGCCUCCUCUGAGAAGCUCUUGAAGUCUCGCAGGAACAUGUUGCUGCUUGUCAGCAUCUUCUGUGUUUGCUUUGUCCCCUAUCACCUGGUUCGACUUCCCUUUACUUUUCUGUCGGGAAACUGCACAGUAGGUCCAGUGUUGUACUACCUGAAGGAGGUGUCCACCAUGGUCUCAGUUUUCAACAUCUGCCUGGACCCUGUUGUUUACUUUUACCUCUGUAAGGCUUUUCGGGCCAGG